AUGCCUGAGGCAACUGCCAUCCCAUCAUUUCCUCUCUUGCAAACUGUCCACCUGAGGGAAUGUGAUGCCGAUUUUGCUUAUAUCGAUUCUGGCGUGCCUGGUUUGGGUGCCACUACUCGAGAGGACUACACAACGGUAGUUUGCAUACAUGGACAUACACAUCACGCUCAGACGUUUACGCGUCUAUUUGCUCCUGCAUCACAGAGGAAUCUCCGCAUCAUUGCGCUUAAUCGAAGGGAUUACGUUGGGUCGACACCUUUCAGUAAAUCUGAAAUCGCACAGUUAGACACAACGGAUGAGCCGAAGCAUCAGCAGUUCCUUUACGACCGAGGGCGAGAAAUCGCGUAUUUUCUUCUAUGGGUUAUAAAUGAAUUGAAAAUUCCGCCUGCAAGAAAUGAUGGAAAAUCGGGCGGAUUGGCUCUGCUUGGCUGGUCUCUAGGGAAUAUUACUUCCUUUGCUUUUCUGGCAAACUUGGCGCGGUAUCCAAUGGAGGUUGUCGAAACGCUCGACGCGUAUCUCAGACAUUUCUUUGUUUACGAGGCCGUAUUUCAAUUUCUUGGUUUCCCUGUGCCGCCAGGAGCGUACCAUCCGUUGUGGGACGACAGCAUUCCGAAAGAGCAAAAAGCAUAUGAGAUCGACGUAUGGUUCUCGUCAUAUUUCCAACAUCCUUAUUUCUCUCGACUUCCCACUACUCGCACUCGAGAUUUAGAUUCGUUGCAACUUCGAAUACCGUCAAAUCCAGCCAGACCGCCGACAAUCGCAAAUAAAACCACGGCGGAUGAUGAUGCGACCAAGGACCUUGUCCCAGGAGCACGCUCGGAGAUGUACUUCUUCACCAAGUUUCGAGACGGAACGUUGCAUAAGCAAUACGAAGCUGCACUCAUAUCCGAGAACACGACUCGAUCUGGGCCCUCGCGUUUCCUGUUACCAAAUUUGAGUGUGAGUGUAGUGGAUGGAUCAGAGACUGUGUGGAAUAUCAUAUGGGCCGGUUGGGAGGUUGAGAAGAAUAUUGAGAAGUGGAAAGUAACUGGUGCAGAAGUUCGACCGCUUAAAUUUAUCACGAUCGAAGGAUCAAAUCAUUUCCUUCUCUGGGACGAUCCAGAGCUCCUUCGGUUACGAAUGAUCGGAGUUUGCCCUGCGGGCAAACGCUUCUGGAGCAACGAUCGCAUAUAA